AUGUCAUUAGAUUCUGAAGUUGAGUACAAGAAGCAGAAUGUUGAGUUGAAGAAUUUAGAAGGUGAUGCUGAUGCUGGCAGUGAAUCAUCUUUGAGUAAUGGAUUAAUGAAGCCAAGAAAGUCGUUUUGGCGUAGGAUUCAUGAUGAUUAUAUCUCAUUACAAUCUGAUACUCCAGACUUGACUGUGAGUGAAAUGUUUUUGGUGAAUAAAGAUUUGCAACCAAUUUUUGAUAAAGCUGAUAGACCUUGGAAAUGGUAUAACUAUAUCUUCUUUUGGAUUGGUGGUGCUUUCAACCUUAACACAUUUCAAAUUGGUGGUUCAUCAGUUAGUACAGGUUUAUCAUGGUGGGAAGCUUGGAUUGGUAUCUGGAUUGGUUAUUUCAUGGUGAGUUUUGUCUUUUACAUUUCUCAAAGAGCUGGUUCACAUUAUCAUAUUUCAUUCCCUGUCAGUUGUCGUGCAACAUUUGGGACUUUUGGAUCAAUAUGGCCUAUUAUUAAUAGAGUCGUUAUGGCUUGUGUUUGGUGCAGUACGAUUACAUAUUUAGGUGGUAUGUGUGUUCAAUUAGUCUUGGAAGCUAUCUUUGGUGGUGAUUUGGAUACCCGUAUCCAUAAUGGUAUUCCAAAAUCAGGUACAACAACUUUCCAAUUUAUGAGUUUUUUCAUCUUUUGGGUGAUUCAAUUGCCAUUCAUUUAUUGUCGUCCUCAAACCAUUCGUCAUUUGUUUACAAUCAAAACCAUUGUUUGUCCACCAGCUGGUAUUGCUUUAUUGAUCUGGACCAUUGUGAAGGCAAAAGGUAUUGGUUCAGUUGUUCACGAACAAACCAAAUUAACCUCAUCAGAACAUGGCUGGGCUUUUGUUUUAUCUAUUAUGAACUGUUUUGCUAACUUUUCCACAUUGAUUGUCAAUGCUUCAGAUUUCUCAAGAGUUGCAAGUAGUCCAAGAUCAUCAUCCAUUUCCCAAUUUAUUGGUAUUCCAAUUGCAUUAUCAGUCACUUCAUUGAUUGGUAUUUUAUUAGCUUCUGCCUCUACCCCAUUAUAUGGUCAAACUUAUUGGAAUCCAUAUGAUUUGAUGUUACGUUAUGUCCAAGAAGGUACACCAGGAAAUCGUGCUGGUAUUUUUUUCAUUGCAGCUUCAUUUGGGUUGGCUCAAGUUGGUACAAACAUUGCUUCAAACACAAUUUCCGCAGGUACUGAUAUGUCUGCUUUAUUACCUCGUUACAUCAAUAUCCGUCGUGGUGGGUUCAUUUGUGCAGCUAUUGUCUUAUGUAUCUGUCCAUGGCAUUUCUUUACAUCUUCUACAAACUUCACAACUUAUCUAAGUGCUUAUGCAGUUUUCCUAUCAUCAAUUGCUGGUGUCGUUUCUGCAGAUUAUACAAUUGUUAGACGUGGUUAUUUGAACGUUUUCCAGUUAUAUUCCAACAAGAUAGAAUACAAUUAUACCUAUAACAAGUUGGGUAUCAAUUGGAGAGCUUUUGCUGCCUACAUUUGUGGUAUCUUGCCAAACAUUGUUGGGUUUGCAGGUGCCGUUGGUAGAGAUGUUCCAAAAGGUGCCACUUACAUUUACAAUGUGUCAUAUUUUGCAGGUUAUAUUGUUGCAUACGUGUCUUACUGUGUGUUUGUUUACAUCUCUCCAGUCAAAGGUAUGCCAGAGAAGAACUUUUUAACCAAAGGUGGUUGGUAUGAAGAAAAUAUCACUUAUGAAGUUGAUGAUUUCAGUAUGGAGAUCAACAAGUAUCAUCCAAAUGAAUAUGAAAAAGAAGGGAAGAAGUUUAUGUGA